CGUUACACUUGCGUAAGUUCCUUUCUCGAAACACAAACAUCCUACACACCAGAGUGAUGCCUGCCAAAACAUUUUAAAAUUCACCAACGUGAUGUUUUGUUUAGUGGAUGGAUACCUGUUUGACCGUAACGGGAUGAUGAUUGACUAGAAAAGUUAUGUGCACAUUUGUGCCUCACGUGUAUUCAGUUAUUACAGCUUAUUAAUGACACAAUAUAGGUUAGGCCUAACCACCAGCGCGCACAGGUAAACUGGACAUCUCGUGUUUUCUCCUGGACGAGCUGUUUUUCCUCUGGGUGUCAGUAUAAUCAUGACUUAAAUCGACGCACUAUUAUGGAUGACAUUAUUUCUCUCAGCUCGGGCAGCGACGACGGCUCUGAUGUUGUUUUUAUAAACACUUAUCAAGAAGACAAAGACGACGCUGUGCCGUUUAUACGAGAAGAAUGGCUUCCAGUUACACCUGUUCUCAUCGAUAUCACCGAUCAAAAGUUGACCCCUUCUAUUAGAAAAAGCUCAAAGAGGAAUAGCAUUUCUCCAGUCCUAAUAGAUCUAAGAGAAGUCUGUCCAUCUGAUGAGGAUUCAUCAUUAAUAGACAAGCACGAUAAAAACUCUGCUGUGCGUCCACUAACAGGAUCUCAACGAUGUGAAUCUCAGACCAGUUACAUCGAUAAAGAUGUAGUCAGUCCUGAGUGUUUCCGAUCCAGCAGCGUACGGUCUGAUCUCUCCGUGUCACCUCCUCAGGAAAACUUUUUGACAGAGACAAUUAUCCAAAGGACAAAUUCAACUUUAGUGUCUGAACAGUCGAGCUGGGACAAAACGUCCUUUGAACACUUCAGUGACAUUUCAAGUAAAAACCCAAAGCCUUUUGAAAGUUUAUCUGAAGUAUUAAAAAACUCUGUUACGGUGUCAUCUGAGAACACUACAGACGCACAACUCUCUAAAGCAGAGCCCGAGCAAAGAACGUCUUCAGAAAUAUGGGGUGCUGGUUUUUACUCUCCUACUUAUAGCCUUGACAGCCCAUAUUACUGUCCAAGUGAAGUAGAUGCGAUUGUAUUCUCAGAUGUAUCCAGUAACACAUCAUGGAAAAAUCAGCAACCACCUCAGAUCUUAGCGUCCGAUACGGUUUCAUUGAAGGAGGACGGUGAAACUACAAAUAUUGGUGAAAAUUAUUCCGUAACAGAGAUUCAGGCUUCGUCCCCCAGCACGGCUCCUUUGUUGGGUUUAUCUCUCCCCUGUAGUCCAAGGCUUACAUCUGUACGCAGUCGGUCCAGUAAAGCAAACAGUCCCACCUCCACCGAGCUUCUUGCCAGUGACACAAUGACACAUUCACCUGGUCGGUCACCAAGUAGCCUCAACAGCUUUCCAAUCUCUCCAUGUUCCUCACCAUCCAAAGCAAGCAUCGAUGAAGGACACGAAGAUGUGCUAGAUAACGUGGAGUCGGAUCUUUCUGAAGACAACACACAAAACAGACAAUAUAUUUGUCUGGCUGAGUACAGAAAAUUGAAGCAGUGUAUGGUUGGAACCGUUUCCCAUAUGCUUGCCGAUGGGGAGGAAGACGAAGACUUUGGUUCUCCUGAACCGCUUUGUCGUCAGAGCCUCAGUUUGGUCAACAGCACCAUUGAGGAGAAUUAUCCAGAAGGCACUCUUCAGCUGCUCGCCGACUUCAUUCAGCCUCGAUACUUCCCACCUGUGGAUGUCACCAAACACCUGCUCAGGGGGAUUUUCUUGGACCCCCAAAGCUCAGAUGUCCUGGCCAUAGAGGCCUAUAACCUUUUGAUGAAGACACAGAGAUACCACCCAGCCAAUACAUCUACAGUCCCGUGGGAUUGGCAACUGCUGACGUCGGUUAUGGAGGAACGUGAUGACAGUAAGAGGUUACGGACGGAGAUUCGCUGUUUGCUGCUGCAGUACGUGCUGAAGGUUUUAGAAGAUGAUUUUCAGUUCAGACUAACAAAACAGUGUCUUCAUCUCUCUCUCGUAAAGAAAAUGAUUUCUUGUCAGCUCAGGUUCACACAUGUCAAGGAUCUUUUAAACUGGAUGAUGAAUGCUGCUAAGGAAUCAGUGAACCACAAGGAGACCAACAACUAUCUUAAGAUUGUUUUGUCGCUUCAGAGGAUGUUGACGUUGGCCCUAGAGGUGGACAAGAACCCCGAAAGCAAUUCUAAUAAACUUUCACAGGAACUUUUCUUAAGACUUAACACCAUGAUUCCAAGCAGACAGAUAAGACUGUUAUUGUUAAGCACAAUAGAGAACAAACUGCUGAAAUCCAAAUUACUGGAACGACUGAUGGAAGAUGCUUGUUCUCACAAGAGCACCUUGCUCAUGUCUCUGGGUUUGCUGCUACACUUCUUCCAAAACUCCACGCUGGCUUCAGACCCUUCUGAUGGGGAAGAGAGAUGGAGAAGCUGGGGUGAACUUUUACAACUUCUGUGGAUGCUGACGCUCAGUUAUGAAGAGGCGGUAACGGGUCACCUCAACCUCUCCAUCACAGAGCGUUAUGAUGGGUCACGCGCUCCACUGUGGACCAAAAAAGACCAGGUGACAAGUUCAGCGGUGCAAGAAGCGAUUAAUGUCUUCCUGUCUCGUGCAGUGAAAGACAUCGGUCAGACUCUUUCCACAGACAUGAAGGAGUCCCUUUUUAAACUACAAGACCACAUUAUUAAUUUCUCCAAAAAUAUUCAAAUAAAUUGACUCUUGUAAAUAUUUUGUUUGUAUAUUUUAAAUACAUCUGUUUUAAAUACUUGGAAAUGAUUUGUGUAAUUGUUCAUUAAGACUCCCUAACAGAACAACACUUAAUGAGUGCACUAUUCAGCAUCUUUAAGACAGGGCUUUGUGUAUAAUAUUACCACAGAAUAAGUCUAGAACUGCACCUGUUUUUUGUCUUUAACAAAUUUUAAAGUUGCCAUGAAAUGGAAGUAGCGAUUUGUAUUAUUUUGCCUGUGGUGACGUAUAUCCGAAUGAAACGGCUUCUGAAAUGAUAAAAGGUAGGGCGGGAACCCAAUCGAGAACUGAUUGGAUCAUUGGAAGUCAGGUCAUGUUGCUAUUUGCUAAUCGCUGUCAUCUUUUUCCAGACCCUGCCCACCCUACAUACCGUAUGACCGGAAGUAAAAAAAAUUAGGCUUGUUUGCCUUUAUUUGUUGCUGCAAGAACUUACUGGGGGAUGAUGUAAAAAUACAGAGGGAGCGAGUUGAAAGUAGACGUCUCCGUAUGAUUUCUUGCUGUACUUUGCCUGUUGUUUCUUGUGCAUCAUCUUGUUUCAAGAAGGGGAGAAGAUUUGCAUUUCUGAUUUAAAGAUUAUGAGGAGACAUGAAUUGUUAAAAUAUAACAAACCUCACAGUAAGUUGUGUAAAAAAUACCACAAUAUUCCAAAACACAUGACAGAUUUUCAUUUCAAUUUCAUUGCGACUUUAACUCUUCUGUGUGCAAUAAUGUUAAAACAAUCUUGAGGAAGACCCUGAAGAAAAAAUAUUUUAUAUAUCUUUGAUCAUCUCAAAAUUAGGUAACCAGAGCAGCCAUCGUGAUCCUCUUCAAAAUAAAGGACUCCUCCCAGUGAUGGCAUUAAAACUGAGGUGCCCAAAAGAUGGCCCACAAUGACCUUAAAUUUGGCCCUUCAUGCCACGUGAGAUAAAGAAAAAGGAUAAACGUCAUUGACACAGAUGUUCAUAUUUCUAAUUAAACAGUUUCUAAUAUGUAACAUUUUUGUUUUAUUUGUACAUUAUAAAAAUGUAAUCAAAUGCAAUGAAUUAAAGUGAAUUAUUUUUUUUAUGUA